AUGGCGACACACAAUUCAACAAAAAUUUUUCUCGUGUGUCUUGUAUUAACUGUUUUUUACCCUGGAUGUAGUAUAGCAUGUUUGCCAGGAACGGACAUUUUAAAAUGUGUUCAUCUUUUCGAAGGCCUAACGUUUCUGCAGUAUCUAAAUACCACCGGGCUUUUUAAAACGCUCUUUUAUACAAAGGACGCAACGAUAUUUCUACCCAGUAAUGGCGCGUUUCGGAAACUGCAACCGGAUGUGACGUCAGAUAACAACACCAUGAGGGAGAUUCUCCUCUACCACAUACUACCUAAAUCCGUCAAUAUUUCGACACUGACCAACGAACAAUUAUUGUUGUCAAGUACCCCUGCUGGUCAGUCAGUCCGAUUCAACAACUAUUCAAACGUAAAUAAAACUUUAAUGACAGUAUCAGGGGCCGUCAUCCUACGCAGUGACGAAAACGCGACAAAUGGCGUCAUCAACCUAGUGGACCGUGUGAUGUACCCGCCCCCUACCGGCAGUCUUUACGAAUAUAUAGCGAACACCAAGUCUUACCAAACUCUACUGCUCCUAGCGGCGAAAGCUCAAAUUCUCGACACUCUUAAAGAUGGUACAUACACGCUGUUUGCUCCCAAUGAUGAUGCAUUCUCCAAAUUACCAUCUGGUGCUAUCGCUAAUUUGCUGUCAGAUAUUCCAAAAUUGAAAAAGGUGUUGGAAAAUCACAUAGUAUUGUCCACUAUGUACAGCGCAGGACUUGGAGUAAUCGGGACAGGAAAGACGUUAAGUGGAGGAAACUUUACCGCGAAUACAAAGUCAGUGAAAUUCGGCAGUGUCAAUGCCACUAUGGUAUCUGCCGAUAGAUCUGCAACAAAUGGGGUCCUUCAUGAGAUCGACUCAGUCUUAAUGUGA